AUGGUCCAGAUGGUUUUGAACUGUGAUCAUCUCGCACCCGCUUACCAAGGUCAGUCUGUGGAAAUCAUGCGGGAACUAAGAGAGGAUUAUGAAAUUAAACGAAUCCACGACAUGGAAAGUGAUGAGCUGGUUGAGAUAAACCUAAAGGAAAAUCUAUUCUCCACGUUUCGUAAAUUGCUGAAGGACUUUGAUGUGCAUUACUUCAAGAAAGAAAAACAAGACCCCAUGCAGAUGCAGCUCAAUGAUAUUCCUGAUUGCUUUAAACAUCAUCAGCCUAAAUUUGAUUAUCAGCCUGCUGUCAAUGCUUUGAAAGAAUCUUGGGCCUUGUGGUUAACCCUUCAUGAGGAUCACAUCAAUAGGCAUGAUGACUUUGGACAACUUGAAGCAGACCUUAUCAGAACAAUAAAUAAAACAAGUGGAAAGCUGCUGCAAGGAGAAUGUGAUAAUUUCUAUGAUCACGUCAAACAGGCAAUUGUUAGAACUGAUCUACACUGCCGUGAAAAAUCCAGCAGUGAUUAUGGAGCUAAAUCCUAUUGGCAAAAAGUUGCGAACUCUGACCCACACUACAGGGCUGUGGCACUCUAUAACCAGGCGUUCAUCACCAUCAACCUUGGUAAAGGUAACUAUAAAGCAGAUGCUAUGAACCUGCUGGAAGACGCAAAGAAAUCCAUUGAUGUCUAUAUCUCAGAAGUCUCAAACACAAUGGUCUCAUGUAACUUAUCAGUCACUGGAAACAAAGAUCAGAGCACAGACACCAACAACUUUCAGAGUCAAAUGGAAGCCAGAAUGAACAUCUUUAAGUGUUGGAUGACGUACAUUGAUAAUGCAUUGAUUAAACUUAAAGAACUGGAAAAAGACAACAGUGACGCCAUUACAGAGGAGUGUUCAGUCUACAUGCUGUCCGAAGAAAAGAACUUCAUCAUCACUAAUGAGCUCAGAUCCUUAUACGACUAUGGCCUCGGUGUUGUUUUUGAGGUGAAAAAGAAGCCCAAUGGUACAAAGUCUUUUUCUUCUGUUGCAUCUGAAUUCAUCAAAUCAGGAAAGGCAGUGUUUACUUCAUUCAAAGGAGGUGUUCAGUCUGGUUUAUCAUCCCUCAGUAAGGAAUCUUUUAAGUCUGCAAUGAAAAACAUGACAUCAUCUACAGUGAUCAAACAGAACUUCAAAUGUGCGACUAAAUAUGCAGUUCAGGAAAUCGGGAAACAGUCCGUGCUCACUAUCAUGAACUACGCAAUCGAUUCAGCCCUUCAGGAAGUCUUUAAGAAGAUUUUACAAAGCAGCUUUGAGAAGGUUGUUACUUCAUCAGUGAAGCAGAGCCGUGAACUGGAUCAGAAUCUUGUGGAGUUUAUCAGCUCAGGCAUUCCGAAAGCUGCAUUGAAAAAAGAGGAUUUCAAGUUUGACCAGGCUUAUGAGAAGCAAAUAAAAAAAACAGUUGGUAUGCUCUGCGAAGAGGUAAUUCCUCACCUCAUACUGGACUGUACCACAGCACGGGAUGUUAUCAGCAAACUCUCUGAAGUGUGUGAAGCAGCAUCAGAACUUAUGAAUAAAGCCAAACUGUCAGGAGUGCAUGGAAUGGCAAAGCUGGCUCUGAAAGUAUCUAAGGGCUCAGCAGAUCUAGUUCAAAUAUUGGGUGCCAUACCAACAAGGCACAUAAUACAAGAUCAAUUUGUUCCUGAGUUAAUGGAGAGCAUCAGUGAGCUUCAGAAAGAAAUGACAAAGUAUGACCAAGAUGGGCAACACCAUUUACACGAUGUACAGCGCCUUAAAGGUGAACUUCUUCAGACUAUCGCCCAGAAGGUGUCUGACCAAUUCAUCAUUUACUGCUCUGAACAUAUAACUUCUUUAAUGACAAGCACAUUUAAGAGUCAUUUAAACAGUGCUGCAGUACAGGCGGUGGACCAUGUCAUGUGCAGACAUAAAACUCAGCGCUUCUUUGAUGACCAGAGGGAAAAACACAACAAGAGAUCUGCGAGCCACAAGGAAGUGGAACAGCUGUCAGAUGAGGACAAAACAAACCUAAUGCAGUAUACAGAAGAUAUGUGCAAAGCCGAUCAGCCUACAGCAGCCCUCGAUGUGUACGUGCUCACAAAAAGCAACCUGCUCAGUGGAAAAGGAAUUGAACUCACUGUCGUUGAUGAAAAUGGAAAACAGCUCACUGUGGAACGUUACCCAGGAACCAACAAAUCAGCAGGCGAUAUAAAACUGAGAUUAACUAAACCUGCAAAAGACACACAUCCAUCACAAGCUGAUACACAGCUGUACAGUGGCUGUUUUGACAUUGUACAGGAUGAUGGCAGGAUAGUCAGCGUUAACUCGGAUCAUCAGAACGCUCUUUAUCACGCUGUAGCACAAGCAACUGGCAGCGAGACAAAGGACCUACAGAAGGAAGCUUUGAUUCUACGUAUAAAAGUUAAAAAUGAGAUCCAGACAAACCUUGGGUCGUACACACCCCUGCUUAUUCUCCAGAGAGGAUACGACUUCUGUCACAAAAACCCCAGUAAAUACAGCAUAACUGGAGGAAGUAUAAAGAAGACCGACGUUGCACUGCAGAAAUACUUGCAGAGUGUUAAAUUCAUCAGAAGUGGCGAACGAAUCCUCAUCAAAAUGUACCAUCUUGGGUUUGUUGGUGAAUAUAAAAGGUAA